AUGCUGAUCUUGUACAGUCCUCCGAAGGAAGACAUGGAUCCGUCGCCGUCCGGCAACGACGCAAGGGUUGGGAUAACCGACGGUGUUCUUCCUGAAAACUCGCACGAAAAUCUCGUCGACCUCAUCAUCGGCGUAACCAGCGCCUUGCUGGCCGUCACAACCAUAUUCGUCGCGCUGCGGAUCUACGUUAGAGCGUUCCUCAUAAAGAAAUGGAGAGCAGAUGACACGAUGCUUGUCUGUUCGUUCUUUGCGGUCGUAUUUCACGAUACCAUGAUCUGUCUCGGCACGAGAUUCGGUCUUGGAAAGCACGUUUGGAUGACGCCAAUCAAGACGAUUAUCAAAGGCCAAAAGCUUGCCAUGUCCAUCAUCAUGCUGUAUAACAUCGCCUUCAUCUCAAUCAAGAUUGCGUUUCUGCUUCAGUACCGCCGCGUGUUCCCGCUGCCGAAAGUAGAGCUGCUCUGCAACAUCGGAAUCGCGUUCCUCGUCGUCUUCGGCUUAUCUACCCUCAUCUCUGCGGGGGUCACCUACGACAUCAUAUUUCGCAACAACUACUGGAAUUCACCCAUCAACAUACUGGGAUGGUGGCUAGCAAACGCCUCCCUGCAUCUGGUCACGGAUAUUCUUAUAUUCAUUCUGCCUUUACCACUACUGGGCAUGCUCAAACUGCACAAGCCGCAGAAGCUGGCGUUAUUUGCUAGCUUCUCACUAGGUUUCUUGACUUGUGCUAUAUCCAUAAUUCGAAUCAUCACGCUCCCGGGAUCUCUUGACACAGUCGAUCAGACAUAUGAGAGUACGCCGACCACCCUUUGGUCCAUUGCCGAACUCUCAAGUGCCGUCAUAUGCUGCUGUAUUCCAACGCUGCGCCCGCUGGUUCAGAGAUCCCGGUACCUCCCCGGCGGAAGCGCGUCUGGCGGAAGCGACUUCAGCAACACGCCCCGUUCCCGGCCCGCCCUGCCACAACCCAACGACAGGAUAUCUUCGUCGAUAAGUUGCGCUUCCGACACUGCAAUGAGGAAGCACAGGCCGAGCUUCACCUGGAAGCGCAGCCGGCAACGCAGCGAGCAGUCGACCAUUGCAGGAGUCGACGAUAUCGAGCCGAUGCCCGGCACGCCAAUGCUGCCCGUCACGCCAAUGCUGCCUGUGACGCCGAUGAUGCCGGCAAUGCCGGUCAUGGCGGCCAUGCCAACGGUAGAGGUGAACGGUGUGCGGAGGGAAAGCGGCGGGACGGUCGAGAGCGUAGGGCCUCAGCAGCAGCGAAGGAACAGCGUCAGGAGUAGUGUGUAUAGCGACCGCAGCCUUGCUUUGGGAGACGGAGGGUUGCGUCGGGACUUGAGUUUACGGAGACACAUGAGCAUGGCGUUGACCGAGAGGGACUCGGAUGACGAUGUCUACUACUUCGGGGUCACGGAGGAACAAGUGGACCUCGAGUGUCCGACGCCUUUGAGCCCGCCACCCAAAUCUCGAAAGUCAACGAGUGAAUAA